AUGAGAAAUCAGGAUCAGAACCAAAGAGGAGCUGCUAAUGGCAUUGCUAUGACAGCAAUGUCUCUUUUCAAAGCAAUCGGUCCAGCUGGUGGCGGUGCUGUAUUAUCUUGGGCACAAAAGCGUCAAAAUGCUGCAUUCCUUCCAGGUGUUAUAUCCGACGAUUUCUGCAUUGCUAUAAAUCGAACUGACAUUUUGGUGUCCUAUAGCUUAAUUGACAGCUGA